AUGGCUUCCGGAGACCUGCAGGCGGAGCAGACGCCGAACCCCGAGGAUUGUGGGCCUCCAGAGCCCCGCACAGCUAAAAAGAAAAAGAAGAAAUUGAAAGACGAUGCGAAGAGGUCAGGAGAGGCGGAUGGGAAAGACGAGGAGGACCCACAGAUCUCUCAGACAGAAAUCGAGGCCCUGACCAAAUCUGGACACAAGGCCCUGACCUCCGGAGACCUCCAGGUGGCCAUGACCUGCUUCAAGAGGGCCUUCCUGCUGUCCCUGGGCACCAAGAUGAAGACAGUCCAGAGGGCCUGCGCGUUCAACCUGGGGGCCGUGUACGUGGAAAGCGGCAAACCAGAGAAAGGACUGGAGUUCCUUCUCAAGUCCCAGCCGAGUGACGGAGAAGAGGAGCCCACGGGGGACCUCUACUUCAACCUCGGCACAGCCUACGAAGCCAUGCUGGACUUCCCCAAAGCCGUGGAAUAUUUUAGGAAGGCCAUCAUCCUGUACAAGCCCUCGCAGCGGGGGAACGAAGGGGACGCCCAUAUGAAGAUGGGGUACUGCUACCUGGGGAUGAAGGACUUGGCCAGGGCGGCCCAGUGCUUCCAGGAGGCUGCGGACUCGUACAUGGAGGCCCAGAGGCUGGACGUGGUGGCCCUGGCUCUCAACGAGGCUGCUAAUUAUAUGCUGCAGAGCCAGUCUUAUGAUUCGGGCCACGUCCUCCAGAUCCUGAAUGAGGCCCGGAUGGUGUGUGAGCACAUCACGAGAAAGGACCUGCUGGGCAAGUUGUACAAUGACAUUGGCCUGAGCUAUGCCCAGCUGAAGGUCUUCUCCCUGGCUGUGGAAUGCUUCCAGAAGGCCUUGCCGUUCUGCCAGGAGGAUGAGACGGACGGGAACAAGGAGGCGGUGGUGUUGCAGAACCUGGGUGCCGCGUACAACACCCUGGAGCAGUUCGAGGAAGGAUUGGACUACCACAUGAGGGCGGCGUCACUACACAGCAUGCUCGGUAACCGCAGGGCUCAAGGUCAAUGUUUUGGCAACCUGGCGUACGCCCUGAGCCAGCUCGGCGACCACGAGGCGGCGGCAGAGAAUUACCUCCACUCUCUGCAAGCGUUUAAAGAUUCAGGCAUGCUCGGUAACCGCAGGGCUCAAGGUCAAUGUUUUGGCAACCUGGCGUACGCCCUGAGCCAGCUCGGCGACCACGAGGCGGCGGCAGAGAAUUACCUCCACUCUCUGCAAGCGUUUAAAGAUUCAGUAUCUGUGACUCCGAGUAUCUGUGACCCGAGUGUCUGCGACCCCGAGUAUCUGCGACCCCGAGUAUCUGUGACUCCGAGUAUCUGUGACCCGAGUGUCUGCGACCCCGAGUGUCUGCGACCCCGAGUGUCUGCGACCCCGAGUAUCUGUGACCCCGAGUAUCUGGGGCCCCCGAAUGUCUGUGACCCCGAAUUCAUACCAGUGACCCCGCUGAAGCCCCGGAGGGGACCCGCCGGGCAGAUUCCCAGGGGGACCCCCGAGAGACGCUCCACCGGGACCAACCACGAGUACGCCAACACGACGCAGAUGUUUCCUCCUCUGGAGAUGCGACAGCUGGAAGGGCGCUCCAUGUACUGCCAAUCCCUGUCCUUGUUAGAGCUUGCCCCGCCCCCUCCUAUCCUUUCAAUGCCAAGCCAUCGGUCCCUGAGAAAACCGCAUCAUACAGCCCGCUCUGCUCAGCCGGUGGAAGGACUGUACGCGACCAUGAAGACCAGGGAGACCACAGGGGUCAACGGGCAUCCGCCCCCGAAGAGCGAGGCGUCAGGUGGGCGAUGUGUAUUCAAGUUCGGUGACGCGCCGUUGUUUAUAAGCCGCCAAGCCGCGGUGCUUCGGCCGCAGUCUUACCUCCCGGGGAUUGAGUUUUGA